ACACCAUGGAAACCCCAACAGCCAGUGAUGUCAAAAAGGGGAUUUCACUCCUUUGGGAGACUCUGCAGUGUCCAAUAUGCUUGGAGUUAAUGACUGCACCUGUAUCUACUAAGUGUGACCAUCAGUUUUGCAAAUUUUGUAUGAUGAAACUUUUGGACAACACGAAACAAAACAAGGCUAGCUGCCCAGUGUGUAAAACCAAGAUAACCAAAAGGAGCCUGCAGGAGAGUCCUGGUUUUCAGAGGCUUGUAGCAGGAUUGCAGGACAUGAUACAGGCAUAUGAACAUGACACCGGCACAAACUACUUCACUGGAACGUCCCAUCAAAAAGAAGAAUCAGAAGUCACAGAUGCUGAAGCUUCUAAGCGUUGUCAUAAUAUGACACUUGGAAAUACACCUGGCACAGACCAUGACAAUGUGGAAAAUGUCGACAUCGAUGAUCUUCCAAGGUCUCACUCCUCGACUAUAGCAGCCCAGAAUGGAUUUGCAAGAUUGAUGGGACUUGAAGACACAAAUCCUUUGGCAACAGAAAAUGAAGGCCUGGACAGUGGCCUCGGGGAAGCCCCACCAACUUCUGACAAGAAAAUGCGCAGUUCUGCAGAUAAUUUGGAACCAGUCGAAACAGAGAUGUUCGAAGCUGUGGACAACAUGACAUGGACACAUAAAACAAAAGAUGAAAUGGGACUCCCCAAAUUGGACAAAGUCUCCCUCCAUCUGUCAUUAAUUCCAGACAAGACUGAGCAUCAGCCUGUAAGAAAGUCCUCAAGGAAGAAGCGAAAAAAUGAUUCUGAGCCCGAGAUUCUCGGGGAGAAACAAAAGAAAAGUUUACAGAAAGUUGCUGAGUGGCUCAUGAAGGUUCCACCUGAGGGAAGUCUUGAAGUAGAGCAACCCAACGAAGACGCUGAUGACUCUGACAGCAGCUCUUCGACCUCAACAAUAGAUAUCAAGCAACACAACACUGACAUGAAUCUCUCGAGAGUGGAUCGUGCAAAAGCCCUUGAAGAUCAGGUAUUUGGGGCCGUCUACAGACGAGAACGAAAAGGGACCAGGGCUUUUUCUCCUCCACUUAAUGUUUUUGUCGGGCCAUCAGCAACUAAAGAAACACAAGCGGUCUCCACCAGAAAAAAGGAGGAUACUUGUACUCGUGCUGAUGUUAUCCCGAAUACAAGCUCUGCAGAUAAAAGUGAAAGUGAUGUUGAGGCAGAGCAACAAAUAAUAGAAGAAGUAAAUGAAACCAGCAGUGAUUUUUUUAAAGAAGCAGAACAAAUAGAGGAAAAUGAUAGAGAGAAACAUGGGGAAGAGUUGAACAAAUUGCCAGAAAGUGACAAAAAUAAUGGCAAAGGUGAGGAUCCCUCUCCUGUGCAUGUUAUCGAGCAACAGCAACCAGACAGAAAUGCAAAGAAAAUAAUGAGAAACAGUCUGCAGCAGGUUGACAGUGAUUUGCAAGAGCAAGCUAAAACAACCACAGAAACUACUGAGCAAAAGAAAACAGACAAGAGGAGAGGUAAAAACACAAAGUUAGAAAAAGGCAAGCCUGCCAGAGUGCCAAAACCCCUUGUUCUGGUUGGAGUUCAGAAUGGAAAAACAAGUCCUAAGACUAGACCAAGGUCUGAAGAAGUUCAAGUUCAUAUUGAGAACUACCCCAGCAGCGAGGACCAAGAGAUCCCCGUCACAAGGAGAACAAGGAGAAGUAGAAGGCUUCAACUCUUCACUGAGGAAGUCCAGGGAGGUCCCAAAAAGGCAAACUUGAAGGCCAAUACUUCUGAAAAGCAAUCAGAGGAAGCUAAAGGUGGAACAUUAGAUCAUAUGGCAUCACCUAAGAAUGGAAACAUAACAAAGGAGGCUGAAAGAAACGGAUGUGUUUAUGAUCAAGACUUGGGUGGAAUAGAAAAUAUUGAGUCUGGCGAAAGAGCAUCUUUUUUGAAACCAACAGAAAAAACUGUAGAGUCGAUUGCUGAAGUGCCAAAUGCUGAAAUUUUAUCUGAAGUUGGCGCUGCUUGUUAUGUCCCCCUCGUCCCUAGCUCUACAAGUCCAACUGAAGCGAUGGUGGUUGGUCCAACACCUGAAGGCGACAACCCAACAAAUCGGGUCUCAAACAGUACUCAGUUGGAAACCUUCCCUCAGGAGACAAAGUGUGCUGAAACAGAAAAUGAGGAGGAUAAGAACGACAGUGAAAUGGACACUGAGCAUCUGCUCAGGAGCUUCAAAGCCACAAAAAGGAAAUCUUUCCAUCUUGGUGGUCCAAAUGUGAAAAGGAGCCGCAGUUUGGACCAAGAGAACGCGCAGGGUGCAGAAGCAGAAAAUGUUGAAUCUGCAAAAAAUCAGAUGAAUACGAAAGCAUCUGAAGUCAGCAACCAAGACUCAUCAAAAGACGAUGAAAACUCAUCUUGCAGUGACUUGAUCUCCCCCUCCACAUCACCCGCUCUGACAGGAAAACCAGUUGCUGAGAAACACGAUCAAGUAGGAGAAGCCUCGGUCCCUGACAACAGUGCUAACUGCGCCUCCCGGAAUAGUGUCCGCAGCACCCUCACUCCUAAUGUAGUGACAAAGCGUGACAUAGAAAGUCCUCAUCUCUCUGUUGUGCCUCAAGUAGUAGAUUCUGGGCUCUGCUUCGUAGCCGUUGAGCACGAGGAGCUAAAUGAACCCUCAAAGUGUUCUCAGAUCGCACAGAGUCCACUCAGUUGUACUGCAAGGGAUGCUGGCAAAGAGACGGAGAUUAGAGAUAGUGGAAAACAUUUAGUCAACACCUCUAAAAAUGUUUUAAACACAGAGUCUUUAACUCCUGAUGGCCUUGAAGCACCAGUUCUACAAACUGUCCAUGAAAUAAAGUCGUACGGUAGUGAUAGCGAAGAGCUCAGCGCCCAAUCCCCCAUCAAGAGCAUGCCCAGAAAGAGGACAAGGAGGAUCGAGUCUUCAUCCGAGUCAGACUGCAGUGAAGAUGGAUUGCCGCCUUUGACAGAAAUUUUCGGAAUAUCAGCUCCUCCCGCUGCCGUGACAAAGGAUCAAGGAGACCGCAGUGAAGCUAAUAGAUGUGAGGGUGAUACUGCGGCUGGAGAAGAACAGUUGAGCCGUCCACCUCCGUGCCCCAGCCCAGACUGUGUUAACUCCAGCCAAGCGUCUGUGGACUUGUUUGGCACGCCAGAGGAAUGCGAAGUCCCAGUAAAUGACAUGCAUGUUUCCAUGGAAUCAUCACAAUUUUCAAGCGAAGUCCUUGUCACACAGCAAAAGAUUGAAAUGCAGAAGGAGCUGGUGAGGUUGGAGAAGUUGAUGGCUCUGGUGUCGGAGGUGCUGCAGGAGAAAGAAGGAAGUCCUGCAAAAGAAGUUCCCUCAAAAACAGACCAGAGCAGCAAAACUACAGGCUCAGACAUACAGAGACCCCUCCCAUGUGAGCAGGACACAGGCCACGGUGCAGACCAGAAAGCUGUUCCAGAAGCAGAGCGAGAGCCCAACACAACAUCAUCCGAUGGCAACACGGUCACACAGCCCAGUGUGUCAAAGCAUGGCAGCUGUGCAGAGAUGGCAGUGCAGCACUCCUCGCACACAGGGCCGAGUGUUAAAGGCUCGGGAACCUCAAAGAUGCCCUGUUCAAGUUCAGCAGCUAAAACAUUAAAGAGCAAUGACUCACCAUCAAAUGGACAAGAAGACAAAGAAAAUAACACUCCUCCGAAAGAUAGAAGUGAAACUAAGAUGGUGCUCGUGUCAUCUGGAUUAAACCCCAAUGAACAGAUAAUGGUGAAAAAGUUUGCUAAGCGAGUUGGUGCCCGUGUGGUUUCCAGGGUAACGCCCGAGGUGACCCAUAUCAUCAUGCACACAGAUGAACAACUGGUCUGUGAGCGUACGCUGAAGUACUUCUUUGGCAUCGCAGGCAGGAAGUGGGUGGUGAGCUUCCAGUGGAUUUCAGAGUGCUUCAAACAAAAGAAACUCUUAGAUGAGAGUGCCUUUGAAGUGAGAGGUGAUGUGGUGAAUGGACCGAACCACCAGGGCCCCAUGAGAGCUCGUACCACUCAAGACAAUAAUUUGCUCAUGAAGGGCUACAAGAUCUGCUUCCAAGGGCCGUUUACAGACAUGACGACAGAUGAAAUGGAGUGGAUGGUGGAGCUCUGUGGAGCCACUGUCGUCAAAGAUCCUCUUCUCCUCGACAGUAAACAGAAGUCCCAUCAGCUGGUCAUUGUGCAGCCUGGAUCAGAGUCGUCGUCGUUCAAGUACAGCAGUCUCUCUAGACACGUGACAAUCGUGACACGUGGUUGGCUGUUGGAUACCGUGGCAACCUACACCCUCCAAAACCACAACAAGUACACAACAUAAACUCUGGGAAUCAAGUGCAUUACACCCACAGCUACGCAUUGUCCUCUCGUAACUCAUUUUACAACUACUGUUUUUUAAUGUCCAAUACUUUAACUAAAGUGCCAUCCAUCUGUUUUAUUGAUAAAACUUUGUUUUGUGUUUGUACGGCAUGAUGUAUAUAAAGUUUGAUCAACACAAGAUGUUUGAAUUAAGUCUUUUAGCACUGGUAUGAUACAUAUUCACACACAUCUAUCACUGCUGCCCACAGUGUAGAUAUAAAAAACACGAUGUGCCCACAGUAGAAAAUUACAGACAAGUUUUAUUGUUGAGUGACUAAUAUUCUUAGAAGGAAAGUGUCAUUUUAGGAGUCUUAUACUUUCAGUUGUAUCAUCCUGUGCAGUCAAAGGCGGAUGGAAUUGUAUAAUUAAAUGAAAUGGCCCUGAAUAAACAGUUUUUUUUAAAAAUGCAGAUAUAUCUGAGGUAAGCAGCCCAAGGAAAUGCUAAACUCUCAGUACAAUACAGAAUAAUCUCUCAUCAUGCCCAGAAUCAUCCUCAGGGUUUCAGAACGAGCCAUUUACAGUAUUUAGUACUUGUAUUUCUCCUGUCAGAUCUAAUAUAUUUUAAUGAGCUCUUGUCACCGUGCUCUCCGAUGUUUUCACCGCU